UCAAUUCCUCAUAGUUUUAUUUUGAAGAUGGUCUCUGCAAUUAAGUUUGGUUUCCUUAUGUUUGCUUCUAUGGUAUUGGCUUAUCCUUCGUCUCCUUCUCGCUCUCUCCUGCUGAUUCAAGUCGAACCUCAGAACGGUAGCAGUACGGUCACUAGCUUGACUUGUAAUCCUUUGGGUGGCUCACACCCCAAUCCCCAACUAGCCUGUAAACAAUUGACUUCUGUCAAAGGCUUAAUUGAAAAUAUCCCUCCUGAAGAAGGCAUUGCUUGUCUCGCUGUCGUUGACCCUGUUACAGUAACGAUCCAAGGCAAUUUCAGCGGAAAACACAUUGACUUUACACAUGAAUAUUCAAAUGCUUGUGAAGCUGGUGUUCAAUUAGGACAUCUUCUUUAGUUUUAUGUACACGCAAGAAAAAAAAAUAAAGACCGCUUUUUUCUUUUAUGAAA